ACAACCAUUCUCAUUUCAAUUUUUGCGCAUAUUUUUAAACUUGCCAACUAUAUUUACUACAUACUCGGAUUUGAAGCCACACUCCCACGGUCAUCGUACUGAAAUUGCCAAAAUGAGUGCGCCACCAGCAAAGUUCGAUGCCGAAAAGGCAGACAAUUUCGAAGACGUAGGUUAUCUUCAAUCGCGUGCAGGCAAAGUUCUGCUGCAUAUGCCCUAUGUUUAUGAUACUGACAAGUUGUUAGAUUGAGAAGCAAUUUGCAGUUAAAGGUCCGCACAGCCUCAAAGUCUUCCAUAUAUUACCCCGCCAUUGACCCCGCAGUUAGCUGUUCAACAUAUGUCUACAUAUUGGGCAAUUCUCGAGAAAGUCCGCGGAUCCUCCCUACGACUCACAAAGAUUGAUAACGAGAUAUAUGAGCAUUUGAUGAAGGAUUUCCCGGAUUUCGAUCCAGCUGCUACCAUUAAUGAGGAUGAAAUGAAGAGCAAGGCAGGAAAGGAGAAAUGGAGAAGCUUCAUGAUGACUUAUGAGAAGAGGAUUGAUGAUUAUAAUUUUGGAACAAUGUUGAGAACGAACCCAAAAUUUGAGUAUGGGCAGGACGAGACUAUCUUCGGUAUGUUUUGACGGAUGUGAUUCAAGGGGUUAUAGAGCUAACGAUGGCCAUGGUAGUUCCUAGAAUGCAAUUCUAUGCUUACGAAAUUGCAAGGUUUGUUUACCAUUACAACUUGGAGAAAUAUCCAUUAACUUCUUGAUAGAAACCGCAAGGGAUUGAACGAUUGGAUUUAUGAAAAAGAGCACCCAGAGGCCGAAAAACAGACUGAAGAGAACAAAUCUUAAAUAUUAAAUCUCAUUUAUAACUAAUAUACCCUCUAUCCCCACGGGCACUUAUCAAGCCCUGUACUUUAUGGAGUUUUCCAUGUGAGGAUCUAAAGUCAAUUU